AUGGACGUGAAAAAGGUUUUGGUUGACACUUUCUUUGGCCAUCUUGAAGAGGGAGUAUACAACCCGUCUAUUCAAAGUAGUCUCUAUUACAUGGCGAAGGCAGUUCUUGGCAGGUCACGAUGCUUUUUCAACAUUUGUGGAAUGCUUUACUUGAUUCUAGUUUAUGUUGCUCAACUUUUGAUUCGUCAUUCUAGGUUUCCUGAUAUAUCAUCAGUUCAGUUAAAAAUGCCAAAUAUUCACUUUCUACCAGUCAGUUUAUCAAGCAAGGACAAUCCAGUUAUUUUUAAGUUUGAAGAUGACGUAUAUUUAUCGACAGAUGAACCACAUGGAUCGAUUGAAGCCAGCUUGACCCGUAUGCCGUCAAAGAUGUGA